GUGAGUUUACUCUACUCAAUAAGGCCGUCAAUUUAGUGUUGGAAUUUUGUUGCAGCUCCCUCUAGUAGCCUGGAUAUUAACAGUGUUUCAACCAGCCUCGGUCUCCCCUACUCUUGUUUUGAAGCUUGUCACGGAAUUGCAACUUUAUUAGCCUAAUAUUUUCUAAAGACAAAGUAGGCUAAUUACCAACUGAACUAUGUGGUCUAAACCAGUUCUUCGACUCAAUUGAAUGGGAGAUAGGCCUAUUCUAGCAUUCAGUUUCCUGGAACAUGUUCCAACGCCCAAGCUGGCAAUCUGAAAUGAAAGUGAAACUUACUAGCUUUCUGAAAUAGCAUGCAGAUCCACUCAAACGGCUUCAGAUACGACCAAGAUGGACAAGUAUCCAUAUCGAGUUUACGCAGAGAUAGAGAGUGAAGGAUUGCCUAACCAUCAGAAAGUGCUCCCAAAACUCCAAAUAUACUUUCAAAGUAAGAAGAAAUCAGGCGGGGGUGAUUGUGUCGUGGAAUUUGGUGAGAAAGAGAACUCGGCUACUAUUGGGUUCAAACAAGAGGAGGUCUUAUCGAGGGUUCUUCUCAACACGCAACAUGAAAUCACCAUUGACAACAAGCAGUUGAAGAUAUACCUCACGACGGAGAGAAAAUCGAAGGAGUCAACAAUACCACCUUCUGGAAGUCAGUCAUCCGAAGUAAAGGGAACUGGAUCCCAAUUUCAAGAUCCUCAGCAUGAAGGUGCCAGUGCCUCUGACUAUACUGACGUUCAGGAGGAGAGGGCUGAAGAAAUCUAUCAGCCCAAAGCUGUUGUUGUGGAGAACAUCCCAGAAGACAUGACGAGGGACAUUCUGGGACUGAUAUUGGAGAACAUCACUGGUGUCUCUGAGGAUGAAUACACUAUGGAACUGAUCUACGAGUCUCAACUUGCUGUUGUAACAUUCACUAACCCUGAUAAUGUGAAGAAAUUUCAGACAGAAGCCAAGCUCAACAAAAAGUUUCAGAACUACAAUCUGACUGAGAGGGUCCUGGAAAGAACCUGCAGUUUGAGGAUGGAGUGUCUGCCACCUAAUGCCAACAAAGACCUGAUAGAGCUCUACUGUGAGAAACAGAAAGUUGAAGUAAAGAGUGUUGCCAUGAUACCAGAGGAAAAUGCAGCUGUCGUCACAUUCCAAAAGCCUGAAGAUAUUGUGACCAUGCUAAACACACAACACAAGAUCAGCAAAGUUGAAGUCAGCAUCCAUCCAUACUACAAGUCACUAGGCACAGCGCUGUGUGGUAAAGACAGACCAAGAUGGAAGAUUCCAGACUCUUUCUCUGUAAGCAUUCACCAAGCACUUCUGGAGUUUCUCCAGAAUAAGAAGCUACCAUCUCACAUCAAUGACCAGAUGCAGGCACACCACUGCCAGGUGAGCAUGAAGAGCAUAGACGUUCUGCUCAGUCCACUUCCAACCCUGCUGAAGAUGAAGGGACUCACAGCCAAACACAUAGACGGCUGGAAGGAGAACACCUCAGAUGCUUUCCACCAGAUCAUGUCCAAAUAUGGAACACUUGAGAAGACGAUGAACCCGGAUGUGUGUAGCUCAGUGGCAGAAGAGCUGCUACCAAUGGUGCAGGACCAUGUUGGCAUGAAGAUGGAUCCCAUUAAAGGACAAUUAACACUGGCAGGAAUGACUAAAGACAUAGAUAACUUGAGACAGAUAGUGGAUGGUAUAGUGAAUAAGACUACAAAUCAGCUUGAGCGGGAGAGGAACAGUGUUGAACAGGAAAUGGAUUUGCCUGCUGACAUGUUUAAACUCCUGCAGCUUGAUGGCCUGUCACAAUACAUGGCAGCCUCCUGCCCUCAGGUGUCUCUUGAUUACAAACUCAACAGAAAGAAAAUGAUCCUCUCAGGUCUUACCAAUGAGGUCCUAAUUAUGAAGACAUGGGUCCUUGAGAAGAGAAUGCAGAUGAAACAAUUGCCAGUGGAGCUUGACCGUCACAUAGUGGAGUUCCUGAUGGCAGUGGACAGCGAGAUGAUGUCUGAUCAUCUCUUCUUCUCCCGUGGAAUCCAUGCCAUUUAUGUGAUCAAGGACAGAGCUGUGUUUUUGACUGGAAGCUCAGAAAGAUCCCUGAAUGAGUCUAUGCAGAGGAUGAAGGAGACUCUGGCUUUCAGGGUCCUUACUGUUGAGGAUGGGAAGGUGCUCAGUAAGUCAGAAUGGAAAACUCUGAACACUGAAGUCCUUAGUAUGUACAACACACCCGGGAAGAUUUCGCUGUUGAAAAUAUCUUCAAACUCAUCUGACAGUCUCAUCGUUACUGGUUUUAUUGAGCCUGUCAAGGAAGCGAGCCAAAUCCUUCAAGAGUUCCUGCAAGAUCAUGCAAGAGUUGUAAACACUGUGAAGGUCAAAUGCUGUGCAGCUAAAAGGUUUAUUGAAGAACAUAAAUCAGAAGAAUGGAAAAGAUUUACAAAAGUUGGUGAGGUGGUGGUAAUUUUUGACCCAAAACGUCCACGAAUCAAGCUGUCAGGAGAGCGUACUUAUGUUAAACCUGCUGUGGAUGCUUUCAAAAAGAUGGUGACCAGUUUGUUUAUAGAUGAAUUGAAAGUCUGUAAGCCUGGAGCAAAGAAGUAUUUCCAGGAACAAGGUAGCUUGCUACUAUCAAUGAUGGUAAGGGACCAUCGCUGUGUUGUUCUGCUUCAGGACGACAGUAUGUUGGAGGAUGAGGAUGAGGAUGAUGAAGAUGAAAGAAGUGAUGGAAAAUUCUCAACAUUCUCAGACUCUCAGCAAGGCUACUGUGAGGUUAAGAUGCCUUGUGGGGUGCUCAUUGCAGUCAGCAAAGCAGACAUCUGCAAGUUUCAAGCGGAUGCUGUUGUGAACGCUGCAAACGAAGACCUGAAGCACAUUGGUGGUCUGGCGUUAGCCUUGCUAAAUGCUGCUGGCCGUCAGCUCCAGAGUGACUGUGACAGGUACACAUCCAAACAUGGACCACUACGUCCUGGAGAUGCCAUCAUCACAGAGGCUGGACGUCUCCCUUGCAAACAUGUCGUUCAUGCUGUCGGUCCACGAUUCUCAGACACAGACAGCAAGACCGCAGUGCAGCGUCUUACACGUGCCAUCACUGAAAGUCUGAACAGGGCAUCCGGGGCAAACUGCACUUCCAUCGCUAUCCCAGCUAUCAGCUCUGGAAUUUUUGGAUUCCCGCUGGACCUUUGCACAGACACCAUUGCCACUGCUGUGCGUGAAUACUUUGAGAGGGGUCAUCAACAAGGCAGGAAUUCCUUGAACAAGGUCUACCUGCUCAACAAUGAUGACAGGACUGUGAAUGCAAUGGUCCAGGCUGUUGAGAAGGUAUUCCAUGACAUGAAUCCAAGAUCUGAGUUCCCACAACAAGCUACAUCCAGAAGACCUACAUACAGUGGAAGUGGUAAUCAUGGGCCUAGAAAUCAGUGGGAAGGAGAAAAGAAGUGGCAGAGUUCAUCCACACGACCACAUUCAGAAAAAUAUAACCAUGGGCCUGGAAAUCAGUGGGAAGGAGAAAAGAAGUGGCAGAGUUCAUCCACACGACCACAUUCAGAAAAAUAUAACCAUGGGCCUGGAAAUCAGUGGGAAGGAGAAAAGAAGUGGCAGAGUUCAUCCACACGACCACAUUCAGAAAAAUAUAACCAUGGGCCUGGAAAUCAGUGGGAAGGAGAGAAGAAGUGGCAGAGCUCAUCCGCACAGCCACAUUCAGAGGGGUGGACCACUCAACCAGACACAUCAGGAGUCCUGGAGAGCAAACAAACAUCUGACGGAGUCAGAAUACUUCUGAAGAAAGGCAGCAUUCAAGAUGCAUCUACAGAGGUUGUGGUGAACACAGUUGCAGAGAACCUGAACCUCACCCAAGGAGCCGUCUCCAAUGCUCUUCUCCGGGCUGCUGGACCGCAGCUCCAGUCAGCAGCCUCUGAUGAGGCCAGAGGAGGCAGGAUGAGUUAUGGGGAAAUGGUGAUAACGGAUGGCUUCAACCUCAGAUGCAGGAAAGUUUUCCAUACUGUCUGCCCUCCUUGGGACCACAGAGGUGGCAAGUCAGAAGAGGUAUUGAAGACCAUUAUAAAGGAUUGUCUGCGAGAGGUUGACAAGCGUGGACUGGCCUCUGUUACCUUCCCUGCUAUCGGCACUGGGAAUCUGGGUUUUCCGAAAGACCUGGUCCCCAGGAUUAUGUUGGAGGAAACAGAGAUGUUCUGCAAGAAAAUCAAUCCUCAACGCUUAAGGGAGGUUGUCAUCAUAGUACACCCCUCUGACCAAGAGAGUGUGGAUUGCUUCAGGAGGGCGUUCCAAGGAGGAAGAAAAAGACAAAGCAAAGCUGAACCUCAUGGCAUCAACAAGAAAACAGGGCAGGGCUUUCACAAACAGAAAGCACAACAACCAUCAGGACUAUGGGGUCAAGUCAAGACUACGUCUUUGGGGAUACACUCUGUGCGCAUCGGUCACCUGACCCUAGAGGUGUCAAGUGGUGACAUCACCAAAGAGGCUACAGAUGUCAUUGUGAAUUCUUCCAAUAGCACAUUCUCUCUCAAGUCAGGGGUUUCCAUGGCGAUCCUCGAGGCUGCUGGCCCAUCAGUAGAAGCAGAAUGUUCAGAGUUUGUGAGUUCACCCAAUUUCCAAUCCUGUGAAAUGAUUUUGACGAUGGCGGGCAAACUUCCAUGUAAACAUAUUGUCCAUCUCGUGGGAAGAAAUAAUCCCAGUGAUAUCACAAAUAAUGUCUGUGAGGUUCUCACAUUUUGUGAGAAGAGAAAAUUUACCUCUGUCUCCUUUCCAGCUCUUGGCACAGGCCAAGGUGGAGCAAGUGCAUCCGCGGUGGCUGAUGCAAUGAUUGAAGCCAUAGUGAGCUUUGUGAAGAAGACUAAGAGUCAACAUAUACGGAGUGUGAAGAUCCUCAUCUUCCAAACUAACAUGGUUUCAGUGUUCCACCAAAGCUUGCUGGCACGACAAGCAAAAGGAGGGGAAGACGACAAGGGGUUUUUGAAAAAUUUAAAGGUAAGACCAAAAAACAAAACAAAGAAUUACUUUUUUUCACCUGGUCGAUCUGAGGAACAGGCAUCUGAUGAUGAGGAGUUUGUGAUGGUGGGUGAGGAGUUUGCUCCCGCUAUAUUCCAGCUCUGUGGAGAGACGUCUCAGGAGGUCAAGAGAGCCAAAGACUGCGUGACCAGCUUGAUCAUGAAGGAGCAGACUUCUACUCAGAUUCAGGACCCACUGAUUAACCGUUUCACCCAGGAGGAUUCUAAAGAGCUCCAGGAUUUGCAGAGGGAGUUGACCGUCAGCAUCAGGGUGGACCAGAGGAGGGCUGAGCCGGUCAUCUACUUGGAGGGCUUGACUCGUGACGUGUUCAAGGUCGAAGGACGAAUCAGAGAUAUGAUUCGGAGGGCAGACAGGAAGGAGACAACCAGAAAGGAGGCCUUCAUAAUCAGCACCCUGGUAGAAUGGCAGUAUCUGGAUCGUAACAAUCAACUUGUGGCAUUUGAUAUGUACACUAAUAUGACUUUAGAGCAGGCCUUCCAGACUAAAAUGCAGAAAGUGACAAUCAACAUCGGCAGUCAUAAAUAUGAGGCAGAUCUGGUGGGUAAAGUAGCCUCAAAUGGAAGGAAUGAUAUAGAACUUAAACGAGUCGAUCGAAAAGAUGCAUCAGUGAGCUUACCUAAUAAUUGGGAUGACAUGAAGGGCAAGAUUGUUGUUCAAAUCCAGCUUAAAGCAGGCACCAACGAAUACAAUGACGUUGAGAAGGAAUUCCGCACAACUGGCAUAACAUCAAAUAUAAUUCAGAUUGACAGAGUCCAAAACAGCACACUUUGGAGGAACUACAUGAUAAAGAAGGAAGAGCUUGAUCAGAGGAAUAAGCACACAAACAAUGAGAAAAGGCUUUGGCAUGGCACAAGUGCAAAUAAGAUAGACCAAAUCAACAAUCAGGGUUUUAACCGAAGCUUUGCUGGGUCUCAAGUCGGUGCCCUGUAUGGAAAUGGCUCCUAUUUUGCUGUUGACCCUCAAUACUCAGCCAGUGGCUAUGCCAGGGCCGAUGGCAAGGGACACCAGCGUAUGUACCUUGCAAGAGUUUUGGUCGGAGAAUUUACUCUAGGAUCAGGUGGCCUGCUAACAGCUCCUGCCCGGAAUUCUGGGAGUUCAGCUGACUUGUAUGACAGUGUAACAGAUAAUAUGACAAACCCCAAGAUGUUUGUAAUCUUCAAUGAUGUCCAGGCCUAUCCUGAGUACAUCAUCACAUUUCAGUGAUAUCUUCUGUUUUCAGGAAAACAUUAUUCUGUAUAAAUCUGUAAGGUUUUUGGUACUUUUACCUUUUCUAGGUGUGACUCCAUCCAACUCUCCUUUUAAGCAUAUUGAUAUUUGGCUAAACGAAAUGUGAGUCUUUGUGUGUUUCUACCUGCUGUGUUAUAUAAAUUAAAAAUGGACACAUGUUAUCAAGGAAUGAACAGCGAACAGCUGUGAGUUCAGAACUUCAGGUUGUCUGGGCAUCUUUAACCAUAGACUGUAUAUACAGUCUAUGUCUUUAACAAAUACACAUAAUCAAACAAAACAAAUGCAAUUUAAUGUAUACAAACACAUUUCUUAGCUUGUUGAUUGAUCAUACUGUAUGUACAUUGUAGCCUAUUGUAUGUUAGAUUGAUUAAAAAAGCAUUAAUGUUGCCUUAAUUGAAGUAUAAGUGUAUAUAUACUAUUUUGAUCCCGUGAGGGGAAAUUUGGUCUCUGCAUUUAUCCCAAUCUGUGAAUUAG